CGUUCGUGUUGACUUUUCAACCCGGAAGUGUAAGCGUCCUUGUACACAGUUUGGUUUGACAAAGGGUUGAGAUUAGAAACAAAUUUAACCGGACAUAUGGCUGAGAUGAUGGAGUCCCCCUGUGAACCUAGUGAAGCUGCAGAGAAAAAGCAAGGACAGAACCGGAGCAGAACUUCUAAAGCUGCUAGAACUCGGAGAACUCCUCAUCAGAACGGGCCGUCCGGGUCAGAUACGGGGCACGAGGACCAGACUGACCCUGCCGUGAAGUCCAGGAGACAAGACCAGAACACUACGGAGUCGGAAAAUCACCUCACCGACACGACUAAACGCCGACGCCAAAGACACCGCAGGACCAAGCAUGCUCCUGGAGGAGCGCUGACAGGAACUGCUGAUCAUCUAACACACAUGGAUCUAAACAAGCGUGAGAAAAAACACAACCCCAAGCACCUGAGCACAACCACAGACACGGCCACGCCGCCGCUCAUUGACGACUCCACGGCCCCUGAUGAUGGAGGAGGAGGAGGAGAGAAGCAGAAGAGGAAGAAGAAGAAGCAGAAGAAGUCCAGAGGGAACACAGAAGAGCAACCGUGCGAAUCUGGAGCUGUGGAGAAACCCAACACUCCACUGAAAAACAAGAAAACUCAAGCUGUAAGCAUGAGCCCAAGCCCAGCAGGACAGACAGACAGGACGGACAGAGAGAGCAGUCGGAGGAACAGAGGGAGGAAGAGACAACUGUACGAGGACUACAUGUCCAUUAAAGACGUGUCUGAUGGUCUGAAGAGAGGACAGCUCAUACAGGGUGCAUUGAGGAUAAACCCAAAGAAAUACCAUGAAGCGUUCGUUCCGUCUCCUGACGGGUUGGCGGACAUUUUCCUGGACGGGAUGGUGGCGAGGAACCGAGCUCUGAGCGGAGACGUGGUGGUGGUGAAGCUCCUCCCCGCAGAUCAGUGGAAGGUGAUGAACGGGGAUGAGAGAGAACAGACGAGUGUGGAGAAGGAGCGACAGAGCGAGCCUGUCCCUGAUAUUAUAGUGGAGGCUCAGUAUGGUGAGGAGGAGGAGGAGGAGGGAGAAGAGCUCUGUAAGAAAAUGGAGGCGGCCACUCUGCAGGAUAAAGUUCCACCUACAGCAGAUAUACACAGCGCCUCAGACAGAAACGUUCAGCGUACCGCCAAGGUGGUGUAUAUCAUGGAGCAGAAACACUCGAGGGCGGUGUCAGGGUUUAUUAAGCACAUCCCUGACAAGCCCUUCGCUCUGUUCUCCCCCUCGGACCACCGAGUCCCCAGAGUGAACGUCCCACUCUCGGGCUGUCCCGCAGACUUCCCCUCUCGCCCUACUGACUAUUUCAACACGGUCUUCAUCUGCAGGAUCACACACUGGUCCCCAGACAGCCCCUUUGCCCAAGGGCAGCUGAUGAAGUCGUUAGGUCAGGCCGGAGUCAUCGAGCCAGAGACAGAGGCCAUGUUGAUUGAGUACGAUGUGGAUUAUUCAGAGUUUACAGAUGAAGUGUUAGCGUGUCUGCCACAGGGUCGACCCUGGACCAUCCCACCUGAAGAGCUGAGAAGGAGGCGGGAUCUCAGGAAGGACUGCAUAUUUACGAUUGAUCCAGCCACAGCCCGAGACCUGGAUGACGCUCUGUCCUGUAAACAACUUCCUGAUGGUAACUUUGAGGUGGGCGUGCACAUCGCAGACGUGAGUUAUUUCAUAGAGGAGGGAUGUGCUCUGGAUUACACAGCGAGCAGGAGAGCCACCAGUGUGUACCUCAUCCAGAAGGUAAUUCCAAUGUUGCCGCGUCUCCUGUGUGAAGAGUUGUGCAGCUUAAAUCCUCAAACUGAUCGUUUAACGUUCUCCGUCAUCUGGACCUUAUCGCCGGAGGGAAAGAUCCUGAGUGAGUGGAUGGGCCGCUCAGUGAUCCGCUCGUGUGUGAAGCUGAGUUACGAUCACGCUCAGAGCAUGAUUGACUCACCCCAUAAAGAGUUUGGUGCUGAUGAACUGCCCCCAGUUGCCCCUGAACACUCAGUGCAGAGCAUCCUCCAGGCCGUGCUGCACCUGCACACCAUCGCCACUCACCUGCGCGCCCAACGCUUCAGGGGCGGAGCCUUACGUCUCGACCAGAUGAAGUUGGCAUUUACUCUGGACUCGGGGUCGGGAAUGCCUCAGGGCUGCUACGUCUACCAGUACAGAGACAGCAACAAGUUGGUGGAGGAGUUCAUGUUGUUGGCUAACAUGGCUGUAGCUCAUCAGAUUUACCGCUCGAACCCUGAGCUUGCGCUACUGCGGCGUCACGCGGCCCCUCAGAGCCGUCUGAUGGAUGCGCUACAGGAGCUGUGUGAUCACAUCGGCCUCUACAUCGACAUGAGCUCGGCUGGAGCGCUGCAUAGGAGUCUGGAGGAGGCGGUCGGAGAUGAUGAGUACAGUGCGGCCAGGAAGGCCGUACUCACACACCUGUGUGCCAGACCCAUGCAGAUGGCAGUGUAUUUCUGUACAGGAGUUCUACAGGAAGAGAAGUUGUUCCAUCACUAUGCUCUGAACGUGCCACUCUACACACACUUCACCUCUCCAAUCCGCCGCUACGCUGAUGUCAUCGUCCACCGCCUGCUGGCCGCCUCACUUAAGUGUGGACCUCGUGUGCAUCUCACCCAAGAUGAAGUGCAGAAGCAGGCCACUCACUGUAACGAUAAGAAGACUGCAUCCAAGAGGGUUCAGGAGAUGAGCACCGAGCUGUUCUUCAGUAUCUUCGUCAGGGAGUGUGGGCCUCUGGAAUCGAAGGCGAUGGUGAUGGGGAUGCUGGAUAAAUCCUUUGAUGUGUUGGUGCUGGACUAUGGGGUUCAGAAGAGGAUCUACUGUAAUGCCAUUGAGGGUCUGCAGUCGUUUAAUUUCCGUAAAGUCGGUAAGCGGCCUGAGAUGACCCUGGUUUGGACGCCUAACGAGCUGGAAGAUGAAAGCGUUACACAGGAGAUCUCCUUGUUUUCCGUGGUGGAUGUGCUGCUGUCUGCUGGUGAAGGUCCUCUCAAGUACACUGCAGUAUUGAGGAGACACACACACACCCAGUUCUGAACACACACACAUUUAAUAUUCUCAUGGUUCUGAGGUCAGCAUAAUGAAGCGGUGUCGUAUUUUACCUGGAAGUAUUUCACAUGGCGUGUCAUGUGUGUUUAACACGUGGUUAAUAAUAUCUCUGAUUAGCAGUGUGAUUAACAUCAUUAACCAUUGCACUUUUACUUCAACUCAUUUUUAAAAAAGUUAUAGUUUAUAAACUGAAGAUAGGAAACUCUUAAGUGUGACGUGCUCUUGUGUGACUCGAUGGCACGAAUAAUUAUUUUGCUGUUGUGUCUGAGCUUAAGCCAGUGCUAACCAGGUGUCAUAUUUUUAUUUAAACGUGUGUGGUCAUUUUUACACAGGUGAUUACCCACAAUCCCACAGUGCGGUUUGUUUACUGUAAUCACCUGUUAUUUUAUUUAUCUCCAUUUCAAAUCCCACUGCAGGAUUUGUUUCCAUUAUAAACCUCAGCUACAGUUUCCAGUUUUUAAUAUGAAUUCUAAAGCUGCACAUAAAACUGUGUCCGAGGUUUAUAACGGAAAUGAAACCUGCAGUGGUACGACGAUUCGGUUCUCCCAGUGGGAGGAGUUUAAUUUUUAUUUGUCUAACACAGGUUUGUGUCUAUUUUUUUCCACUGCGCGUGUGACGUCUCUGCUGUUUUCAUUACUGCCUAACGGUCACUGUGCAUUUUUAUUUUAAUUUUAAAGAGUUUUAAUUUUUGUUGUUUAAUGUACUGUCACUGAGGAGAAUUAAAUUAUUUCCAUUCAGGAAAACA